GAGCAGGAGGAGUCGGAGGAGCAUCAGGAGCUGCUCACCUGAACAAUGUCUCACAUCACUGCUCAGCUGGCCAUUCUCAUCUUUAUGUCAUGGACCACUAAUUGUGCGAAGUUUCAGCAAUCACCAAACAUCUUAGCUAAACAUGACAGCAGAAAAGAAGAAAUCCUCUGCAGCCAUGAUGACAGCAGCCUUCUACUCAUGUUAUGGUACCGCCAAACCAGUCACAGCACAGCCUUGGCUCUCAUUGGAUAUGGCUACAGUGGUAGUGACCCCACAUAUGAGCAGGACUUUUCGGGUGGUGGGCUUGAGUUGAAGAGGAAUGGGACUACUGCUGGAUCACUGGUUCUCUCAAAUCUGAACUCAUCCAACUCCGCUGUGUACUUUUGUGCUGCUAGUAUCACAGUGCUGCAGAUGAGUACAGCUCCCUCACCCAAAACCCUCAUCAAAGCAGUUCACAUGGAGGGAAGAUGCAUGCCUAUAUUCGUUCAUUUGAAUAUAAAAUGGCACCAUGACAGGAUCAUGAGUUGGAUGGUGUAUCAACUUCUACUGUUAUGCCAAGUGUUAGGGUACACCGUUGGCGUAACAUUUGAUCAGCCUCGAUCAUUCACAGCACAACUUAAUGGAGAAAUGAAGAUCAAUUGUAGCCAUGAUGACACAAAGCUUGAUGUUAUGUUGUGGUAUAUUCAUAAGACAGUCAGUAAUACCACUAUGGAAUUAAUUGGAUAUAUUUAUGGCACCCUUGAACCUACCUAUGAGGACAAAUUCAAGCUUGAAAAAACUAAGAAAAGGUUUCAGAUGAAAAGAAUAUCCGAUGUCAGCUCAUCACUGACAAUCUCGAAUCUAAAUCUACAAGACUCUGCUGUGUACUUCUGUGCAGCCAAAGAACCCACAGCAAUUAAACUGCAGGUCCCUCCCUUACUCAAACCCUGGCACUCAUAAGAAGCCACUUCAUGCUCUGUACUCCAAAGGUUUACUGUUAUUUCAUUUGUGUUGUUUAGAUACCUGUACGUUUAUCUGUCACUACAAUUGUAAAUGCAUCUCUUUCAGCAUGACCCUUAGAAAUGCAGUGUGUUGUUGGACAGCAUAUCAGUCCAUUUCUCAUGAUGUUAAGAGUGCAAAGCUAUAUGCUGAGAAUACUGCUAUAUUUCAUUCAACAUUAACAACCUUUCAACA